CGAACCCUAGGCUUUUGCUUCUUCCACAUUUCUCGCGAUUUGAAGCCAGAUCGAAAUCCAAGCCGAAAUCGAAAUCGAAAUAGCAUCUUCUACAUCUCCGCUCGCAUGGCCGGCCGACGUCACAACCGCUUCCGCGGCCGGCGCGCUCAGGCGACGGUGAAGCCUGCCGAGGACUCGCUGACGAAGACGGCACCCCCCUCCUCGCCGUCCCCUUCUGGUGGGUCUUCCGACGCCGACGCCGCCAACGACGAUGAGGCUUGGACGCCUUCGGACAUGAGGGCCAUGAGACGGCAGCUGCUGGACAUCAUCCACCGAUUCUACCUCGACGCCAUCUCGCGGUUGCCCCCCGCCGAGCUCAGGAGGACUGCCGGCCUCGCGCGCGGCCUCCUCGUCGGUGGCCACUGCUUCGGCCCGCUCCACCCCAUCCACAACAUCGUCGUCAAUUCCGUCUGGUACACCGCCGCCUUGCCCCUCCGGCGGCCCGCCAGCACCGACAACAAUGAAACCGACGGCGGAGACGAGGUCCACGCGCUUCUCAGCACCGACGGCAUCGCCCGUGUCUGCCACCGCUCUCUCAACGGGCUAGUGGCCGCCCUCCGCCACCUGUGCCCCUCCCUCUCCACCGGUGAGGCUCUGUGGAAUCUCUUCUCCGCCGGCGCGGACCUCACCGCCGCCAUCGCGCUCGCAAACGGGACUAGCAAAUCAAGUGCGGUGCGUGUCAUCGCGUCUCAGGGCCAUGACGCGUUCAAUGUCGCCGCCGACGCCGCGCGCCACCCCAGUCCCACAACCUUUACUGAGUUCCUAUCAUCAGUGCUACCUGCGGUCAAUGGGAAACACAACGUUGUCCAGUUGCUGAUCAUGAAAAAUGUGCUCGCAACUCGGCACAUCAACUACCUCUCCAGUGUGCUAGUGGCGGCAUUGCCACAUGAACCUCCUAAGGCGCCUCUCUUGCUAAGCCCACAAGUCAUUGACCGGAUAGCGUCUCAGAAGAAGCAGAUCAAGGACGCAGGAAAACAAGUGAACAAUGCAGUCAACAUGGCGUUGCAAGAGUACAUUUCACGAUCUGAUGAGCAGCUGACACUGCAUUCCGUGUGUGGCGUUAGUCUGCUAAAGGAGGGGCUGAAUGACUGUUACCACAUCAAUUUCUUGGCGUACGACAAGGACUCUGGUUCUGCAGCAGGCGCCCCUGUGCUCUUCUUCACCGAAGCAGUUAUUCUUUCUUCUGAUGAGACUAAUAUCCGCCUGUGUAUUCCAGUUGAUCUGGUCACAGAUAUUGGUAUGCCCCCCUCCUCUGUGCGUGUUUCCUUUAUGUGCGUACUACAUGAAAACACACUGUUGAAUCGAAACAUUGCUGGCAUUCGCCAUCGCUUAGUUAGUUUAGAUUGGUGUUUUGUAGUUUUGCGUUAGGCUGACCUCACCAGACGACCGAUGGGGCGUCGCGAGGCUGAUGUG